AUGGGAGUAGAGAUGAGAGAUGGACCGGAUGUGCCCCCUAUUUAUGUUGUAACCUCGAGACCUUGGACGGCUUUGGGGGAUGAUCCGAAAGCACAAAGAGAAGAGACUGCAUUUCUGGUGUCAACUUCCCAGUCACUUGAGGUGGACAACCGGCGCUGGCACACAAGUUGGGCCCAGGGCGGGUGGCGGCCAAUCGGUGGGUUCACGGGACUGAAUGACCAGCUGCGCCCACUGGGCCCAAAGCUGGUUUCCGCUCAAUCCUGGUCGGGCGUUCUCAACCUUGGAACUGGACUUGGCGCCGACUGUCAAUCAUUGGUCACAACCACUUCUCCUCAAUUUCGACCCUUCCAUCCCAUGCCUCAGAUUAUGGGGCUUCAGCUUCCUGUCGAGUUAUGGCGCAUCAUCCUCUUUGAGGCAGUGGCGACUUCCAUCCUACCAUACGAAGACCCAAAUCGAACCCGCCUCCAAGUUGGCCUUGUCGAAUGUAUAGACUUGUUCGACAACUCUUGCAGAGCCUAUAGCGAAUACCAAACCAAUCAAUCCGUAUUGACCAAUCUUCGUCUGGUCUGCCGCACAUGGGCGUUAUUACUCCAGGAUUUUUAUGGACUUUGCGCUCUCACAGAUCUCAAUAAAAUCAUGCGACCGAGUAAAUCAAGGGAGUACCUAUCUCGGGUAGAACGGGUUCAUAUCGAUGAGAUGGCCAUUUUGGGAUGCAAAUGCUCCAACAGGGCGGCAUCCUUGAACGGGACCUGUAUACUUCUCCAAACCUCUCAAAAUGAUGUGAAGCCUCUAUACCCUGGGGUCAAAUAUGACUUCUUAUCGAAAGUUCUACAUCCCCAAGUCAGAAUCCUUUCGAUAUCCGUUGGUUCAAUGAAUCUGGACGAGCCUCUGGCCUCCGCUCCAAACCUGUUGGCACUCUCCUUGCAUAUGGGAAUUGACUUUGUUUGGAAUGCCACCAUAAGUAGGACUCUCCGUGGUAUAACUCAUUUAUCACUCUCUGCUGUUACUCCUGGGGCAAUUGAAAAGUUUCCUCCAUCUAUGACGCUGGAGAAUACCAGGUAUCUCGCCCUCAAUCUUCUACUUGUGGGUACCCACUCGACUCGAAAUAAGGCCUCGCAAUUCAUUGGAGAAUGGACAUUUCCAAACCUUCAUUCGCUCAUCCUCAGAGGGAUAGUGAACCAGGUCUUCCUUGGGGAUGUCUACGACUUUAUUCAAGGAUGUGGGAAAUUCGUUAGCGAGCUGAUUAUGGAACUACACUGGUCCGAUGCGGAAAUAGACGGGCAGCCCAUGCGCAUUUUCGACGGAUGGGGCUGGUUCCCUAAUUUACGAGUUUACGGGACAGAAUUUGACACUCUUAUAUAUGUAGAUCCGGAAGAAAUACUGGAAUAUGAUAGGCCAGAGGAGGCUGGCCACUUAACUCUGCUCGUUUCUGGGUUCUUCCCUCCUCUCGAGCAUUUGCAAGAGCACAUCGAUGUACUAGCAAAUCGCCUGCUAAACUGGCAAGUAAGCAAGGUAAUAUUUACGGAAACAUGGGACAGUUUGCACGACAGGUUGACUUGGAGAGGUCUCUCCAGGGAUGUUCGGAGUCAGGACGUGCUUCGCAAAACCAAGCAGAUCAUGGAUGCUAUUGCCCUAACUAGUAUAUCAUUGCACGACAAAAUGGGUUCAAAGCUACAGAGCGAAGAUGGACAAAUCCUAUGGAACGCAUUAUCGGCUGCUUGA